GUGAGCUCAGUUGUUGGUGAGACGUGUUUUGAAACGGUUGUGCUUAUUUGUCUAAUCGAAGAGACGACGUAAAUAUUGUGAAAUGGUCUAACGACUGGCCGUUUAAUACAAUUUAAUCGCUAAUAAAGAAAAAAACAACAUCAUCAAACAACGUUUUUUAAUAAAUAAGCAAAUUGAUAAACAAUUUCAUUGUUAAAAUAACAAAUUAAACAAAAAGACUAUACUGUAUUUAAAUAAAAGAAAACCAAAGAAAACAAAAUGCAACUACGAAACUUUAGAACUAGAAAUGUUAAGAAAUAUUCAAUGUCACAGAUAAUGCUGAUGAUGAUGCACUGGGUACUGAUGGGUAUCAUGCUGUUGCAACAAAUGAAAACAACAGAUGCUGUCAAAUUUAGCGAUAAUUGUGUAACGAAAAAUCAACCGGGUAUUUGUAGAGAAUGGGGCGAAUGUCCCAUUAUAAAAACAUUAAUCGAAACAGGAGAGUAUACCAAUCGUCAGGUAGUAAGUUGUGGUUUUGGCAUACGAGAAGAAUUGAUUUGUUGUCCUGUCAUUAGAUCAGAACCGGAUAUGGAAACAACUACUGUAGAAAAUGGUGAUCGUUUUAUAGUACCAACUACAACUCAAGCUCCUGUAACAGAUUUUUGGUUGCCUUUACUGCAAACUAACACCACUACAGCAGCUCCAGACUUUUGGGCAGAUUUAUUGAUCUCAACUACCAGCACGACCACUACCACCAUAAAACCCUUGAUUGUGGGAGAACAAAGAUUAAAUGAAAGUUCGGAAUUUUUUGACUUUAAUGCUUUACUCAGUGGCAAUCAGGGUAAAUCGGAACGACAGACAAGUUCGGUUGGUAAUAAGCCAAAUGUGAAUCCCUCUAAUGGAGGUUUUGUGGGUGUGAAUGGAAAUGGUAAUGGUCGUAAUAAUUUAAAUACUGCAGCAGUCAAUACGAAUCAAUGGAAUUUUGAACAGCCUGUUAAUAGUUUUAAUAGGGUACCCGGCCUACCAAAUAAUAAUAAUAAUAAUGGCCGAGGCAAUAAUGGUGCCAGCAAUUUCUGGGCAAAUGGUAAUGGAAAUGUUGGUAGAGGCCAGCUAAACAACGGUAGAGGUCAACUAAAUUUUGGUAGAGGCCAGUUAAAUGGCCAACAAAAUUUAGGUAGGGGCCAGUUGAAUGGUCAACAAAAUAAUGGUCGUGGACGUGGUAAUCAAAACAAUGGUAGGGGUCGUAAUGGCAUGGGCAAUCAAAAUGCUGGUUUUAUUUUCCCCGAAAGUAAUAUGAGACCCACUAAUCAGUUUUUUGAAAUUGAAGAUACUAACAAUCGCAGACCUGGUAGGCCUGUUAAUACUAUGCAAACUCAAAAUCCCAGUACUGUAAUUGCAAACAAUCCCCAUAAUAACAAAAGUAAUGAUCCUAAGGAUGAAGAUAGUAGAAUAGAAGACUUAAUUAAGAAUGUAUUCGAUACUACAAAUAAUGCCAAUAAGCAACCUGAAAUGAGUAUAGAUGAUGCAAUAGCUAAUAUUUUCAAUGUUAAUAAACCGGAAAAUGCUCAACUAAAUAAUAAAAAUCCUUCUGCACCAAUUGCAAAUAAUCCUCAAGCCUCGGGGACUUGGUUGAGGCCUCAAGAAAACCUUAGUAAUCGCGAUGUGGAGUUUAUACCUCAUCAGCAGGUGGAAUUUGUAAAUCCACAAUCGCCAGCUCAUUUUCAAAUUGCACCAGAUCUAGAGAAUCAACUGUCGGGCAAUGAUUUAGAUGUAGCACCCUCUACUAGUUUCAUACAACAACCCGUAGUAGUUGAGACUUGGUCUAAUAAUCCGGUACAUAGACAAGAAUUAAAUCCCAUACAAAUAGUUUAUGAGAAUCUAGUUAAUUCAGGCAUGGAUAUUGUUAAAGCCCAGGAGCAAGAAGUCGAACAUGUCUUUAACCAACAGCAACAACAGUUUCUACAGCAACAGCCACAAUUUGGUCAACAGGGUUCCCAUGUAGUAGUGGUACAACCUCUACCGCAUGCCCAACAAUUUCUGCAACACCCACAAUUUAUACAUCAACCUGCCUUAGUUCCCUCACAACUCGGACAAGAACAUUUUCAAGCAUCGGUUCAUGAAAACGAGUCUUCGUCUAAAGAACCUCGUUCUACCUCACCGCUACAACAGUUUGUACCACAACAACCUAACAGUGCUACGCCUCUGAUUGUACAGUCGCCACCCACACAAAUAUUGGAUCCAUUCAAACCAUUCGAAUUCCGCCCACCGCCAGAUGAUGAAAACCCUUCUUUCGAAGACGAUAAUUCAUUAAGCCCAAAACCGACACCGGAUAUUAAAACCAAUGAAAAUGAUAGACCAGCUGUCAGAGCUUGCCGGCGUAUUGAGCGUGGUUUAGCUGCAUCUUUGUCGCCUCAUAUUUUGGGUGGUGUACCAGCUGAACUGGGCGAAUUUCCCCAUAUGGUGGCAAUAGGUUAUAGUCGUAUUGGUGGUGACAAUAGACCUCCCUACGAUAUACGUUGUGGUGGUACUUUAAUCGAUAAACGUUUCGUUUUGACAGCUGCUCAUUGCGUUUCGGAACGUGAAAAUGUCCCCUCUAUUGUACGUUUGGGUGUGGUGAAUUUCACGGAUCCCAAAGAAAUGAGCAAUGCUGUGGAAUUGAGAAUAAAGGAAACCUAUAUCCAUGAUGACUAUUUAACACGUUUAACUUACAAUGAUAUAGCCAUUUUGGAACUAGAACGUGAUGUGGAAUUCAGUGAAUACAUUUAUCCAGUAUGUUUAUAUACAAAUAUAACGGAUCCCGAUACCAGCAUUAAACUAUGGGUUACCGGUUGGGGUACUGUUAAUACCACCACGCGCAGCUUUUCUAACAUAUUACUAAAAGCUCCUUUGCACACGGCACCUUUGGAAAGUUGUAAUAGAAGUUUUACGGAAUAUGGUUUAAAUCGAAGAAUACCAGAGGGUAUAAUACGUACACAAUUUUGUGCCGAGGAUAAAGAUCAAAUUAAAGAUGCCUGUCAAGGCGAUUCGGGAGGACCUUUGAAUUUGAUAGUGGAUGAAUCUUAUAAAAAUUACCGUUUAGUGGGUGUGGUAUCUUCGGGUUUCGGUUGUGCUUCCUCAACGCCUGGUUUGUAUACUAGAGUGGCUGCUUUCUUAGAUUUCAUAGAGAAAAUUGUGUGGCCCAAUGGAGGAGAUUAAAUUUAUGUUUUAUUUUAAUGACUUUAAUAAAUAAUAAAAAAUAAAUUUAAUAAAUUAAUACUAAAAGUGA